AUGAUCGUCUGCAAAAUAUUCUUGGUGCUUCGAUUGAGAGACUCUGGCGAUAUUGCUGCUUACCAUCGUUCUUCUGUUUUUGGAGAUGAUGUCUUGAUAGUAGUUGCAUAUCGAACUGCACUGUGCAAAUCCAAAAGAGGUGGCUUCAAAGAUACUUAUCCUGAUGAUUUACUGGCACCAGUGUUGAAGGCUUUGUUAGAGAGAACAAAUGUGAAUCCAACUGAAGUUGGGGACAUUGUCGUUGGCACCGUUUUGGCUCUGGGAUCUCAGAGAGCAAGUGAAUGCAGAAUGGCUGCAUUUUAUGCUGGUUUCCCUGAAAUUGUACCUGUUAGAACCGUGAAUAGGCAAUGCUCAUCUGGUUUGCAAGUUGUAGCUGAUGUUGUUGCAGCUAUCAAAGCUGGGUUUUAUGAUAUUGGGAUUAGUGCUGGGUUGGAGUCAAUGACUGUUAAUCCUAUGGCUUGGGAAGGAUCAGUGAAAACGAUGGUACAAGCACAAGAUUGUCUCCUUCCAAUGGGUAUCACCUCAGAAAAUGUCGCUCAGCGUUUUGGAGUAACAAGGCAGGAGCAAGAUCAAGCUGCAGGAAAAUUUAAGGAUGAGAUAAUACCAGUUAAGACCAAGGUUGUUGAUGCAGCGCAUCCCACAUCGGGGUCUGCGCCAGUUGUGGACCCUAAAUCUGGAGAUGAGAAGUCGGUGACAAUAUCUGUCGAUGAUGGAAUCCGACCAAAUAGCUCAGUGGCCGAGCUGGGCAAGCUGAAACCAGUUUUCAAGAAAGAUGGCUCAACCACGGCUGGGAAUUCUAGCCAAGUGAGUGAUGGUGCUGGAGCUGUGCUUCUCAUGAAGAGAAGUGUUGCCAUGCAGAAGGGGUUACCUAUUCUUGGUGUAUUCAGGAGCUUUGUUGCUGUUGGUGUAGAUCCUGCAGUCAUGGGUAUUGGUCCAGCAGCUGUUAGAUCUGCUGGUCUUGAACUUGGGGACAUUGAUAUUUUUGAGAUAAAUGAGGCAUUUGCUUCACAAUAUAUCUACUGCCGUAAGAAGCUUGAGCUCAAUCCUGAGAAGAUCAAUGUCAAUGGAGGUGCCAUGGCAAUUGGACAUCCUUUGGGUGCAACAGGAACUGGGAUGGGGGCUGCUACCGUGUUUGAGAGGGGUGACUGUGACGAGCUUUGCAACUCACGUAAAGUCGAGGCACAGAAUUUUCUUUCCAAGGAUGCUCGAUAAGCACCAUGAAUGCAUAAUCUUGAAUAUGCAUUUUGGAAGUUAAUAAUAUCAUGAGAUAAAUUGCAGGAUAUCGCAAUAAUCCAUCUAUGUAAGAGACGUUUUGCAAUAAAUUACAGACUGAUGUCCCGCUUGUAUUUUCCAGUCAUUUAUUGACAUUUCUUUUCCUUCGAUCCUCUUGGAUUAAAGUGGAUUAGGGUUUGAAAAAGAAUCCUUUUCUUUAUAGCCUUUUCUAUUCGGAUAAGAAAGCGC